UUCAUCUGUCAAUUAUCAUAGUAUUAGCUAUUUACAAAAUAAAAAAUAUUUUUAAGAAUUAACUAGAUCUUAAGUAAAAUGGACAAGACAAACAUUGAAGAUAUAGAUCUAUACGGAUUACUUGACAUUCAGAUUACAGCCACAGAAGCUGAGAUAAAAAAAGCUUAUCGAAAAAAAGCUUUACAAUGUCAUCCAGAUAAAAAUCCCGACAAUCCAAAAGCUGCAGAAACCUUUCAUGAACUAUCACAAGCUUUGGAAAUAUUAACUGAUAAAGCAGCACGUGCUGCAUACGACAAGGUAUUAAAAGCGAAAGCAGCUGCAAAAUUAAGACAUCAAGAAUUAGAUAGUAAACGACAAAAACUGAAAGAGGAUUUAGAAAGACGAGAACGUGAAGCAGUUUCAGGUGGUUCAAAUGUAAAUUUGACUGAUGAACAAAAACUUGCUGCCGAAAUAAAAAGAUUACAAAAGGAAGGAAGUAGACUUUUACAAGAGGAACAACAGAAGAUGAAAGAGGAAAUUCAAAGAACUGUCAAAAAUCUUAACGAACCGGUAUGGGAUUCUAGUUUGAAUAGAAUUAAAAUAAGCUGGCAAGUUGACAAAAAUGAUCCUACGAAUGGAGGGUACAAUGAAGAUAAUUUAAGAAGAUUUUUUAAAAAGUAUGGCAAUAUCACAGCAUUAAUAAUGUCACCAAAAAAGAAGGGUAGUGCUCUUGUGGAAUUUUCAUCUAAAGAAGCUUCUGAAAUGGCUCUUGAAUUUGAAAAAGGUCUUCCAGAUAAUCCCCUUAUUUUAAAGUGGGUUAAUGAUAGACAAAUUUUAAGUAUGAAAAAGGCUACAAAUGUUAGUUCUCUAGUAUCGGACAGAGACUAUGAAUCAAUGGUUUUAACAAAAAUGAGACAGGCUGCAGAAAGGCAAAGGUUAAUAGAGGAAAUGAUGAAAGAAGACCAGCAAGAAAAAAAUUAAUAUAUAUUUUGAAUAAAUUUUAAACUUGUUUUCUUUUA